UUCCAGCUACGCUCGCGGUCACCACGGACAGGCCAGUCGAAGCCACCUCCGAUACGAUCGAGCGAGCGAAACGUCUUCAGUCGGUUCUUGAUCGUUCGCACAAUCGGUAGUAAAACGUCUUGGAUUCCAUCUUGCAGUGUCCCGCGAACGUUGCACGAUCGUUUAGUCGACUCAUUAUACUCCAAGUGACAGUGCCAGUGAUAAUAAUUUAAAAUACAGCCAUGCCGAAGCCAGUAGAAGAACCGUUCGACCAGUUCCAGCAGUAUUACCGAACACCGAACAAUCGGAGUACGGCGAAGAGCUUUCAGCUGUUCCUAUGGAAUUCAGAAGAAGGAGCCAUCUUUGGACGCACGCCGUCUAGUUGGUCCAAGAUCGGCAUCUUUUACAUCGUCUUCUACAGCGUCCUAGCCGCGCUCGUGGCCGUCUGCAUGUGGGUCUUCUUCCAGACGCUGGAUCCCCGCAUUCCGAAAUGGCAAAUGGACCAGUCGCUGAUCGGUACCAAUCCAGGAUUGGGCUUCCGUCCGCUACCGUCGGAGGAUAACGUCGAGAGCACGCUGAUCUGGUACAAGGGCACGGACGAGAAGAACUACAAGAUGUGGACGGACGCGUUGGACGAUUUUCUGCAAGAUUAUCGAACUCCCGGACAGGUAUCGGGCCGUGGUCAGAACAUCUACAACUGCGACUACAACCAGCCUCCGCCGAAGGGUAUGGUGUGCGACGUGGACAUCAAGCAGUACGGACCGUGCACGCUGGAGAACCACUACAACUACCACAAGAGCGCACCGUGCAUAUUCCUGAAGCUGAACAAAAUCUAUGGCUGGGUGCCAGAGUUCUACAACGAGUCGAGCAGCCUGCCCUCGAACAUGCCAACCGAUCUGAAAGAGUACAUCAAGGAGAAGGAACAGAAGGAACUGCACACGAUGAACACUGUGUGGGUUUCGUGCGAGGGUGAAAACGCAGCCGACAUUGAGAACGUGGGCCAGAUCCAGUACUAUCCGCGGCGCGGAUUCCCCGGCUACUACUACCCGUACGAGAACUCGGAGGGUUAUCUGAGCCCGCUGGUUGCGGUGCACUUCGAGCGGCCUGUUCGUGGAAUCAUCAUCAACAUUGAGUGCAAAGCUUGGGCCCACAACAUCAAGCACGACAGACACGAACGGAUGGGAACGGUCCACUUCGAGCUGAUGAUUGACUAAAUCGAUCUCGCAGCUUCCACGUAAUGGGUCCUGGUAGUGGCGCAAUGCGAUCGUGCGCCUGUCCCAUUCCGUCUGGUGAUCGGUACAACCCGGUGCAGUUGAUCGCGUGGUGUGCCGAAAGAUCCAAAACAAUACCUACAAAACCAAGCUACACCGUGCCAGCAGCAGCAGCGGCUAUAAGCGGCGCCUAGAAUCUCGUUUGUUUUGCAUCGUGGAUGCUGGCUCCGUUCGAUACACCCUCACCAUCACGAACCAUCUCUCUUCCACGAUAUACUGCGAUGCAAAGCGUGUUUGCAUACGGGAGGAAGCCUGCGGGCAGUAUUUUUAUCAAUCGUUAUCAUGCAACUACUUUUUAUAUAGAUCGUUAUGGAAGUUGUGCUGCUACUACGUGUUUUUUGUUUGUUUUACCACCUAUCAAAACGGCUCCCGCUGGAGCGGUUAGUGUUUUUAGAAACAUAAUCUCUUUGUCGUCACGUUUGAGCUUUCACAUCCUAAAAGAAUCUCUAUUUCUUCGUACGCUUGAAUGAAGCUUGCACGAAUCUCGUUAUCUACAGGUUGUUCAAUCAUCAACAGCUUCAGCAUACCGCUCUUGAAGAUCUCCGCGAUCGUAAUACCAGGAAAGGUAUUCAGCUUAGGUUUUUAAUGCGAGAGUAACUAUGUAAAGGGUAAAUUCAAGGAGAACGGCUCUUGUACAUCUGUAAAUAAAUCGUCGUCGCGGUGUCAAGAUCACGCACAGUGCGGAUGGCUUGCUUCAUCUUAAAAUGAUGCUGGAACAAUUUAAUGUGCACGGAAGCGAAAGACGAGUACGUUACUCCACACAAGCAUCCGCUACGUCACACGUAAUUAUCCACCCCGUUCAUUUUUGUACUACUGCCAACUGAGCAAUACGAUGCGACUAAAAAUAUCCAACCCACUAUUCAUAACCGCCGAAGAACGAACGAAUUUCAUCGUUUGUUUCAUGUUUUGGUGAGUGAUCAUUUUUUCUCCCGUCGCCAUUGAUCUGUUCGUUUUAGUAUUACUGCACUCGGGUAGAGCAAGGUUAUGACAGAGAACAGAGAGAUAGAGAGAGUGAGAGCGAGUGCCACACAACAACAAUAUCCCACCUCAAUAGAUAGCCGAAUCAACUGCACAAAUUCAUUUCUUUUCUAUCUGUUUUAAAAAAACGCACAAAACUGUCAAAAGUCAAAUCACAUGAUCUAAUGGGAACAAAUCUUUGUAGAAUAGUAAUAAGAGGGAGCUAUUAUAGUAAAUAAUGGAACAACAUCAAACGUUCAAAACACGCUACAGUAGAUCAAAUCUAAUGGACAGUCGGAAGAUGUCUUGGAACCAAUUACUACACCACCUACAGUACACUCCGAAUUCACUAAUUGAACGUUGAUGUGUUGCCAACACGCAAAGCGCAUGCUUAUUAGUUAAGCUGUUUUCAACAAGAAGAAGUUGUUUGCCAAUUAUCGAACAUCCAACUAAUAAGCAUACCGACUUGAAAGCGUUCAAUCAUUAAAUUCCGAUUGUAUAUCUCAUGAAGCAAAAAACGAAAAUCGUAAACGUAGCAAUAGCUCAUCUUUUGGAUGUCUUUUACCCAGUAUUCUUUACUGUAUAACUCAAGUGCCAAUAGUAGUUUUUCGUAGACAGAUGUUAGCUAUCUUUGGAACCACUCUACAAAAUCCGUUGCAUUUGUUCAACUGCAAAAGCUACAGAACACCAACGCCAAGCGAGGAGUUUCUAGUUUUACCCGCUAGAUGGCACUGUCAUCUCGAAGCAAAAGCUCCGACAGGGCUCGACAACCUCAACAUCAGGGAUGGAAAAAGUGAAUCGUGAAGAUUAUCAACAGUUAGUUGCACAUUGGCUUUUGAAGCAUUACUAAACGUAUGUUUUAGUUGAUUUGAAUGUAUGCUAUGUGCUCGGAGGUAGUACAAAGCAAAUAUGCAUUUGAUCUAUGUCCUUGCUUCUUCCCAAACAGCAAACAAACCAGAACGUCGCACUCGAACGGUUUGCCCCUUUGUAGAAUAGUUGUACAGUUUAGUUCCCUCGGUGUGUCCCUCCCUUUUUAAUGUAUCUCGCACAGCACGUGUGUGUAUUUAGAGUUGCACUAGCAGAAGGUUGUUUUCGAUUGUGUCACUAAAACACUCAAAUUAUUAUUGCAUAAAUUAUUCUUCCCCACAAGAGUCGUAGAACCAUUUCGUCCAUGGAAUCUAAAUUCCGCUCUAUUUUUAUUAUUGUUUGUUUCAACAUAAAAAAAAUUAGUAUAUCAAUCAACCUACCAAUCAAACCCCCCUUCCAACAUCAUGUUAUGAAUCUCGAUUGCAAAAAGCAUCGAAACAGACAUCUAAAAGACAGUAGCAAAGGUAAAUGCAGAAAGGCAGAAGCAUUACCCAAGAUAGGUAGAAAUUUAUUUAGCUUUUCUUCAUCUAAAAUUUAAUCUCUUCGCCCACCAAACGUGUCGUUGGAGGAAAUAAACUCAAACCAACAUAAAGGGUUGAGCGACAAAUCGGUUUAGCAUACAGACGCAGUUCAGUAGUUGUGGUAUCUUUCAUCGUACUCCGUACGGCGAGGAACGGUGUAGAGAUCGAUGCGGCACGGACAGCAAACAGCUGUAGUGGGAUGCAAACACCGCCUCAUGUACCGAGCCAGCGGCCAUCCUUUGGCGCUUUUCGCAGCAUUGCUAUAGAUUGUGCUAUAAUUGCAAAGAAAACAAAGUCAGCAAACUGUAAGAAGAACCUGUGUAUCUGUAAUACCAAUCGAUCCGAAUAAAGAUUACAAAAUGGAAAGGCCA